AUGAGGAAAAGUACUCUCCUAACUGACGCCUUGUCGGGUUCACUGCUAAGACAUGCAAGUAAUCCAAUAACCAAAGUGCUUGCUGUAGAAGCAGAAAAGCUGCGGCAGCAAUGGCUAGAUUUCCGAAAACAGAACUCCAAAGAAGACCAGCUAGAAGUCAAAAACUAUGAGCCCACGAUUGCAGGAGUAUUCAGCAUGGCAAGCGCAAACCAUGAAACCAUCGCCGAAGAACUUUCACAAGCUCUCACAACGAUCAGCGAGCACGUCGCCGCUUGCGAUAUCGAAAUGGAGCUUUUCAAAACCGAAGAGAUGCAGAGCGCCAUCGCAGACCUCUACGCACAUAUCUUUUUGUUUCUCAACGACACCUUGGCGUGGUUCACUAAAAAGUGUCACAGGCGCUUACUAGACUCUAUGAACGAGAAAUUCCUCCAAAGGUUCGAGGCUGAGAUUGAGAACAUCGUCCGGAAGUCUGAGCGUAUCAAGCGGAAAGCGGCUCAGAUGUCCAUGGCAGAGCAACGCGUUACUAGACUCACUCUGGAAGAGAGUAGUAAAGACCUGCGAGUGGGGCUGGAAGGGAUACUGAGAGAGAAUGCCGAGACAAAAUACUAUGCGCGGCAGUUCGCGGACCAGUUCGAGAUGCAGAGAAAAGAGCGAAGAGAGGAACGAGCGAACAAUGCGCUGUUGUAUGAAAGCCUGAUCAAAUUACUUACAGAUGCUGCCGAGUCCAACAGGGAGAGAGUUCCUUCACUGGCGAUAGAGGGAUCUCCCAAUAGCAAGCGCAGGUCGUUGAUCGGAACUUUAUGUGGAGAAAAUGUUAUCGCGAACCGAGACCAACUACUCCUCGAUUCAGCCGUCCUAGAAGACUUCCUUCACCGAGACCGUGUACAACUGGAUCCAUCUCUUUUCGGAGAGACACCAACUUUCUCUGACGCUGUCUCAGCCCUCGCUGAAUGGACGAAGGACUUCGCGUCCCCGCGCAUGCUGUGUAUCUCGUCUAAUGACUUUUCGGGCAAUGACUUCAAUGCUCCACAGUCCAUGCUCGCAGCGCAGUUUAUUGACUUCGCAUCGGUGUCUAAAGUACCCGUCAUCUCCUACUUCUGCGAAAUUCGCCGGAGAGAGAAAUUGCGUGGAAAUAACAGCCCAGAAGUUCAAGGAUUCGUGUCUUUGGUGUAUGGCCUGCUACGCCAGAUGAUCGAGCUACUGCCUAUGGAAUUUGAAACCAGUAGGGACUUUUCCAAGGAGCGUUUCGCGGAACUUGACGGAACACUGCUGACGUGGGGUGUCUUCAAGGGCUUGUUUCGGGACGUACAGAGUGUCUUACCCGGAAAAGUGUACUGUGUUAUCGAUGGCGUACAGUGGCUUGACGACUCUAGCACUUCGAUUUGUAUGACCGAGCUUGUAGAUCUGUUGCGUCUCGAGAAUCUCAAGGUCCUCUUUACCACUUCGGGUUCGUCUCGAAGUUUGCUGGAAAACCUGGAAAGAGAGGAGCUGCACCUGCUGGGAGGCCGGUCGGCGGAAAGCAGCUCAUUGUGGCAAUUGGAAGAAGGGCUACUAGAACGAGUUUGA